UCUUACUGUAAUUGUCAAAUGAUUGUACACUGCAUGCCAAUGUGCAGCACAGAGUAGGUAAUGUGACUAUGAAAAUGUGUUCUACAGUAUGAUGACAUGUUCUUCCUGUCAUAUUCCCUACAGAAUUGAGACUAGACCCAAUAGUGGAGGCAGAGGCAGACUCCUCACUGAGGAACAGGAACGGGCUGUGGUCAACAUGGUCCGGGCCAGAAAUGACAUUCGGCUUAGAGAAAUCAGACAGAACAUCCUGGACGAUGAAGAUCUCUUCAGGAAUGUGGAAGCCAUAAGUUUGCCGACCAUUGCACGUGUUCUGAAAAGGCACCAGGUGUCCCUCAAACAGUUGUACCGUGUGCCUUUUGAAAGAAAUGCAGACAGAGUGAAGCAACUGAGGAUUGAGUAUGUUCAGAGGGUGAUGGCCCUGGAUGCGGAUGACAAUCAUCACAAAUUUGUUUUUGUGGAUGAGGCAGGCUUCAACCUGGCCAAGACAAGGAGGAGAGGGCGAAAUUUAAUUGGCCAGCGGGCAACCAUACAAGUACCUGCACGACGUGGGGCCAACAUCAGUAUGUGUGCGGCGAUAUCAGAAGAUGGUGUGGUAGGGCGUAGAUCUCUGAUUGGCGCAUACAAUGCAGAGCUCCUUGUUGCAUUUCUUGAUGAGCUACCUCUAGUCUGUAGAGCUGUUGGUGUAAUUUAUGUCAUUGUGUGGGACAACGUCAGGUUCCACCACGCUCAUCUGGUGCAGGCAUGGUUUCAGGCCUAUCCACAGUUCCUCACUGUGUACUUGCCCCCAUACUCUCCUCUCCUUAACCCCAUUGAGGAAUUUUUCUCCACAUGGAGGUGGAAAGUGUAUGAUCGGCAUCCGCAUCAACAAGUGACCCUUCUUCAGGCCAUGGACAAUGCCUGCGAUGACAUUACAGCAGACCAGUGUCAGGCCUGGAUUCGCCAUGCGCAAAGGUACUUUCCAAGAUGUUUGGCAAACGAAAACAUCUAUGCGGAUGUGGAUGAGAACCUGUGGCCCAAUCCACAAGACAGGGUUGAUGGGGAUGACGAGUGA